AUGACUCAAAGUAAAACAAAAGACUCGAUAAAAACCCACAAAACAAAGGUUAGAAUACGCCAAAAAUGCAUUAUAUCAGUGGCAUCUUGGGUUACGAUCGGACUUGACUUGCUUGCCAAGAAAAUUAAAUACGACGAUCCGCUUCAAGCUGCUGAAGUGCAUGGUGGUUGUGGUGCGUGGGGGUUACUAUUCACGGGACUUUUCGCUACGAAAAGGUACAUGAGUGAAGUUUAUGGCGGCGAAAUCGGAAGGUCGCACGGUUUGUUGAUGGGUGGGGGAGUGAAACUAAUUGGUGCACAAAUAAGUCAGAUCAUCGCUAUCUUCGGUUGGGUUACGUUAACAAUGGGAUCUUUGUUUUAUGGGUUACAUAAGAUUAAUCUUCUUAGAGUAUCUGUGGAAGAAGAGAAAGUUGGAAUUGAUAUGACAAGUCACGGUGGAUUUGCGUAUGGGUCUCAUGUAGAGGAUGCAGAUUGGGUCAAGCAUGGAACCAAGGUGAUGAGACUGAAACAAGAGCUUGAGUACGUACGUAGGUGCGCGUGCUUUCUAUCUCGAGUUGGUCUCAACUCUCAAGUCACUUGA